AUGACCACACCCGCAGCCUUCGCCGCCGGCCAAGCGGCCAAAGACAAAGGCAACGCCGCGUUCAAGGCGGGCGACUUCGCGGACGCGGUCGGGCACUACAGCGCCGCGAUGCGCGCGGACGCGCGCAACCCGACGUUCCCGCUCAACCGCGCCGCGGCGUACCUGAGACUAGGCAAGAACGAGGACGCGGAGCGCGAUUGCGGCGCCGUCCUCAGCCUCGACCCGCGCAGCGUCAAGGCGCUCUUCCGGCGCGCCCAGGCGCGAGCUGCGCUGCAGAAACUCGCGGAUGCGCAAGCUGACCUCGAAUACGCCGUUCGGCUCGAGCCCGCGAACGACGAGGUGAAGCGCGAGCUGAAGCGCGUCGACGAGGCGCUGCAGGCGCAGAAGCGCAAAAAGCCCUUAAGGACGAAGCCCGCAGAGGUCCCCGCGGUGCCCAGUGCGAAGCCGACACCCACGAAGCUAGCGAGCACACCAGCAAAAUCGCCCGCCGCCCCGAAACGCCGGCGGGUCCCCAUCGAGAUCGUCGAGCCUCAGCCGACCUCCUCGACCGCGCCUCCCGCGCCCGGUCCCUCCACGUCGGAGCUCCUUACCCCGCGCUCCUCGCGCAUGCUCUCGGCCUCGCCACCCCCGCCAGCGCCUGCCGCCGCGCCAUCGCCGACGCCGAAACCCCCGGGGACGUUCCAGGCGGCGAAGGAGGCGCGUGCGGGCGGGCCGAUGGGCGGGAUCUUCCGCCCGGACGGGCGGCACACGCUCUUUGGAGCUCCUGCGCAGAAGCAGGCGAAGGAGAACGCCAAGGAAGAAACGAAGGCGUCUCCCCCGCCUGCGCCUGCGCCGGCGGUGGUUCCCACCCCAGCAGCCGUGGAGACGCCGGCAAAGUCCCCGAUGACGCUGUUCGCGUUCACGCGGCGCUGGGACGCGCAGAAGACGGCCGAGGACCGCUGGGCGCUGCUGAACGAGAUCCCGCCGACCGGGCUGCCGGCGCUGUUCCAGGCGUCGCUCGAGUCGGCGAUGCUCGCGGGGUUGCUGGCGACGUUCCGGGACGUCCUCGUGCGCGGAGUUGCGCAGCCGGCGCAGGUGCGGGCGUACCUGCUGAGCGUGGCGCGGGUGCCGCGGUUCGGCACGGUGGUGCUGUUUAUGGGGCGGGAGGAGCGGGCGGUGAUCGGCGAGGUGUGGGGGCUGGUGGGGGACGCGGUGGCUGAGGAGGAGCGAGAGCGGCGGGCGUGGGGCGUGAGUUGA